AUCAGAUGCAACGUUCGUGUGGUACGUAGCGUUAAAUAUAAUCUUUGUGAGUUCAUACAGUGUGUGUUAUGUUUGGAAAUUGGAAAUGGAUGUCCAAUCAAGAAAGGGUUCGAGUGUCCACGUGCAUCGUUUAAUAUAUUUUAUAAUUACAUCGAAUCUUAUUCGAUGAACAUUUGAGCCGCUAAUAGCAUCCGUAUAUUUGACAAACGAAUAAUUCACGAAGAUGUCUCAUCCCUAGUUCGGACGCGGCCGGGUUUCGGCGAUCCUAACCUUUACCAACGACCGUAGCGCGUCACGGUCUGCGCCGUUCUAACGCGCAGAGAAUUGGUUAGAACGGUACGGCCGAGCGGACGGUGUUGACAUGCGCGAGCUGGCCCGAAGAUACGUCCGUGAAACGAGCAUACCGCGUCUCCCAUAACCGUGCAAACGGGGAGAGUGCGCGUUCCUGAUCAGUAGCACACUUUCAUCGCGGCGAGGAAAGCGAGGCGAGUCGACCGUUUCGGCCAGCUCGAGGAUCAUCGUCUCGACGCCGAGAGACGAGCAGCCCGCGCGUUCGUAAAAAGAGUGACGGAGACGGGAUCGAACGGCGUACGACAAGGUGGUUCGGGCAGAGAAGCGUGGCCUGGGCGCUCGAGCAUUUUAGAAAGAGAGCCGGACACGUACGAGGAGAAAGGGAGAAACGACGACGACGACGUAUCGUGCCGGGACGCCAGCGGGACGAGCGUGUUUCGAUCGUUGGAAAUAUUGUUGUUCGUUUUUGCGCGAAGGUGGAGGAGGGGGGGGGGGCGAGGGGGAGGAGGUUGUCGGUUUAGAAUUGAACCGUUCGAGAAAGUCGCGACUGUCACGGGGGAAAGGAGGGGCCACGACCCUUACGAGAGAUGCACGUACGUGACACUGACCGCGAAUUAUAAGAGAAACGUCACCGUGCCGACUGCCACGGGACCCAUGGACGAAUCGGAGACGGAGGGUUGAUCCUGUUCUCACGUCGGUAACGAUCACCGUGGUGCACGAUGAUUCAUCGGGCCAUCUGACGUUCCAGACAAAAGGGCCGUGGACGAUCGAACGCGCGAGGCAAACGUUGUCGGCAGAGAGAUCCAGUGGACCGCUCAAGAGGUAGUGAUGAGUAGAAACAACGAGAAUGGCAUCUCCCUGGCGACACCUCCGGCGAUUCACGUUGGACCCAUCGUGAACCCGAGCACCAACGAGACGAUCUCGAUCGUGAUCCCGCUGUCGGCGCAGCUGGCGACCGUCACCAACCAGAAGAUCGAGAAGCCAUGCAAGGACUGCAACAAGGACGCGAAGCAGUCGUCCGCGUCGCGGCCGCGGAACGACAAGACAAAGGGUUGCCCGUAUCCGGGUUGCACGCGGUACGGUCGUGCAUUUUCCAGGGCGCACGAUCUCAAGCGUCACAUAGCCCGCCACGAGAUGAGAAAGGAAAAGUUGUCCGAUUACGAGAACACCGCGGCCGCGAUCAAACAGCAGCUGGUCGGGAACGAGACCAUCAGGAACAUAGCGAAUCGACCCGCCGACAGGCAACACGCCACGUGGACCGACGAUCCGCGAGAAGCUCUCGCGAAGUUUUACUGUUGCCUCCAUUGUACCAAGAAGUACACCAGCGAGACCAAGCUGAUGGCCCACAUGAAUUCCCACGGGAAGGUGGCGGGCAAAAACGUCUGCGCCGUUUGCGGGACGUGUUCCAGAGACGGUGAGGAACUGCAGAUGCACAUGAGACAGCACACGGCUCACACGUUGGAGGGUCAGUCGGCUAUUGGGAAAGGCGAGUCGCAAAAGGACCAACCCGACAAGGAGGACGAUUUUCUUUUGGAAGAGAUGUUGCUUUUGAAUAAGAAUCCACGGCGAACCGCGCAGCCGGAAAAGGCGAGCGCAGCGUCCAAGAUCAGAUGCGACUACUGCUCGAAAACCUUCAAGACCAAAUGGACGUUGAGUUCGCACGUGGCGGCGCACGAGGGACGUUUCCAGUUCGAUUGCAACCAGUGCGGAAAGAAAUUCGUCCGGAAGAGCCACUACGAGGGUCACGUGCGGUCCCACGAAGCGGCGAGGCCCUACGUGUGCGAACAAUGCGGCAAAACGUUCAAAGAGCUGAAGCACAGAAGGGAGCACACCAAGAGAAAGCAUCCUACGAAUCAAAACGCGAUACAGACUCUGUUGGACAGCAUCAGUCCGUGCGCGUCGGACGAUUUGCCGGCCGAUCAGACGAAGUUCACUCUAUUGAUGCCGGUCAACUUCUCCGUGUAAAUUUUUCUUUCAUGAGAACGAUAAUGGAAUAUCGUUUACUCUGUUAUACAGGGUGUAUUCGAACGCGUGGCCCUAUUUCGAUGACCUUGAUAUAUAUGUUGCCAGAAAUCACUGUUCCAAGUAACUUUUUUCCCCGGUGCAUGUUCCCAGCGCCUCAGCUUCAGUUUCCGAGAUAUUCGCAGAAGAUUGCUGCUACCACGGUAAUGCAGAGUUAAUGAUUCAACCCCCCUCCAAUCCCCUCCAUUCGGUAUCUCGAGCUCAACGAAAUCUAACUCGACGGAAGAGGAAAGAGAAUCGAUGAAACGAAAGUAAGCAAGAGGCACGAAGUACAAAGAGAGAUGCCCGUAAGAAGAUGAAGAUGCAAUAAGAAAGAGUUUUACUUUCCAUGUUUUUCAUCUUACCUUUUUAUAAACGAUAUCAAUGCAUUACUGUGUACUAUUGUUUAUAUUGCAGUUAAAUGUAGCGCCAUUUUAGAAUCAAUGUUUCCAUCUCGGUAAUUUUCAACGCAUCUCGCCAUCUUGUCCCACGAUUUACAGCCACUGUAUGAAUCGUAACCACGCUACCAUUCUACGCUUAACAGAACUUACAUAUAAUUAUUAUAUGUAAUUUACAUGAAAACAAUCGUUUCGAAUAGAAAUAUAACUUUUUUUCGUUUAAUUCCUGAACCAAAGGAACGAUUCUAUGAAUGUGCUUUGAACGAGUACCACACAGACCAAAGACAAUCUUAAUUCCAAACAAUAU